GGAGGCGUUGACUAAAAGGAUGGGCAUGCUAAUUAAACGCGGCGGUGUGGGCGAAAAGAGUGGAAUUAUCAAAAAAAAUAUUGCUCGGAAUUCAUACCACAAAUGUUUAUAUACAGUUACAUUAUCGUUAUCAACUGAUAUUCAGGUAGAUGCGAAUAUUAUAGUAAUGGGGAUGGUUAUUAGCUGAUUUUUUUUCAACUGGGAACCAAACAUGCCAUUACUGGGCCUAUUGUUUCCAGUCUACAGUUUGAUGGUUGUUUUCACAGAAGGUUGUAUGAGAAGUUCUAACAAUUCAACUGAAAGCAAAAUGAAGUACAAGGUAAAUAACCAAACAAUUCCAGAAAAUCAUAGACUAGGUUGUACAUUUAACGAAACACAAACAUUGGCCUGUUUGAAUGGAGGAUCAUGCUUUGCUGUUGAAGUAGGAGGCAGAAUAGUGCAAUGUGCAUGUUAUACUAAAUAUGUUGGUAAUCGGUGUGAGAUGAUAGAUCCAGAAAUGAUAUUUGGUCCAUCUGAAAAAGAAAAAGAAGUAAGAAUUGGACUCAUAUCAGGUGUUACAGCAUACAUCAUCUUAAUACUUAUUGUCGUGCUGGUAGUUAUAUACUGUAAAAAGAUUAAAAACAGGAGGAAGGAGACUUCCACUCUUAAUACAGCGGGUUAUAAAUCAGAUGGAGGCAUAGACAAAGAUUGUACUGGAAAUGUUAAAUCAGAAGUAACUUUUAACCUGAUAGAAAAAAUGGGUGACAAACAAGAACUGGAGAAUGACGCUGAAAAAGUAACUGUUUUGAAAUGAAAUUGCUUUGAAUAGCUGCGUUGUUUGCAUCAUCUUUAUAUCAGACAUUUGUUAUUCAAAUGACAAAAAUAGUAUAAAAGUAUUUAUACAUCACAAGGAAAAUAUAUAUAAGGGAAACAAAAUCUAAAUGGUUAUACUGUGAUUACUAUUUAUAACCAUGGUGCUUUGCAGUUUUUGACUUAUAUAUGUUUAAUACAUUGGUCCCAGUUGCAAUGUAAACAAUGUAUUUAUUUCAAUUUACCAAUUCAUAGUGUUCUUUUAAAGGUAUGCAUUUUAAUUGUUAUGGCCCCGCCACAAAGUGGUCGGGGCCUUAUAGUUUUACCCUUAUUCGUCAUUCCAUCAUUCCGUACUUCUGUCAUCCCGUCAUUCCACAACGAACAGACUUUUUUUCUAAACGCCUUCACAUAUCAAAUUUCCACUCCUAAAAAUGGCUUCAAGCUUUUUUGCGAGCGGGACAAUUCAUGUCGUAUUGACAAAUCUAAUUUUUCUUUGAAUCAAAGAUUUUCAUACAUUCUUAUUGUUUAGGAGACAGCUGAAGCCUGCCGCCGGGUGCGGGAUUUUUUUCGCUGCGUUGAAGACUCAAUGAUAGCCUUGGGCUGUUUUCUGCUCUUUUGUCGUAUUUGUUGUCUCUUAAACACAUUCCCCGUUUCCAUGCUCAAUUCUAUUAUAGUAUUUAAGAAUCAAAAUGUGUGUCUGUCCAUGUGCUUGGACCAUAGAUCAUGAGAUGAAACAUCAAAUAGGUAGAUUAUGGAUCAAGUUUAGAUGAUCAUCCAUAGUUAUGAUCAUAUCCCUUUGAAAUGCACACACUGUAAUAUCUCGUCUGCUUUACUGAUCAUGAUUGAAUUGAUGUUGAAAGCCUUAAAGAAAAAGGUAAAACAAAAUGUAUUACAUAAAAUUAACAGUAUCAAUGAUCCAUGUAACUGAGGUGAAGGUCAGAUAAACCCUGCCAGACGGACAUGUACGCCCUACAAUCAUUCCAUACACAAAAUAUAGUUAACCUAUUGCUUUAAGUAUCUGAGAAAAGACCUAACUAAGAAAACUUAACUUUGAUCAAUGAACCAUGAAAAUGAGUUCAAGGUCUGAUAAACUCUGCCAAACAGACAUGUUCACCUUUCAAUCAUUCCAUACAACACAUAUAGUUAACCUUUCAGUUAUAGUAUCUGAGAAACGAACUCGACCAUGAAAACAUAACGCCGACCUUUGACCUAAGAAAAUGAGGUUAAGUUGAGACGAACCUGUCAGAUAGAAAUGUACACCAUAUAAUCAUUUCAUACGCCAAAAUAGAGUUGAAUUCAUGGUUUUAAUUCAUAAUAAAAAAUCUUCAGAUUGCCCAGUGAACAAUGAAAAUGAGGUAAAGGUCAGAUCAACUCUACCAGAAAGACAUGAACAUCUUGCAAUCAUUAAAAUACACCAAAUAUAGUUCACGUAUUGCUUAUAGUAUAUGAGAAACCUUCUUAUCCAUUAAAACAUAACACUGACCAAUGAACCUUGAAAAUGAGGUCAAAGUAAAAUGAACCCUGCCAGACAGACUUUUAAACCUAACAAUCAUUCCAUACACCCAAUAAAUUUGACCUAUUGCUUAUAGUAUUUGCGAAACGGACUAAAUCGCAAAACAUUUACAUUGACGAGACAACCAUGAAAAUGAGGUCAAGGUU